CCCCGCUGCCGGGGGGAGAGGCUGCUCGGCGCUGCUCGGCCGCUCGCUGCUCGCCGCAGAGCCGCGCACGCACACGGGCAGUCGGACGCUUGAGCCAUGAUUGCCGCGGCUUUUCUGGUCCUGCUGAGACCUUACAGCAUCCAGUGCGCCCUCUUCUUGCUCCUGCUGCUGCUGGGGACCAUCGCUACGAUUUUAUUCUUCUGCUGCUGGCAUCGCAGGCUCCAGAAGGGCAGGCAUCCCAUCAAAUCCGUCUUUUCGGGUCGCUCAAGGAGCCGAGAUGCUGUUAUGAGAACUCACCACUUUCGCUCUGAGGGCUUUAGAUCAAGUCCUCGGCAUGUAAGACGACGUGUAGCACCUCGCCUGGAGGAAACACAGCCUCUAGUGGAAGCUCACCACCUAAGUGAGCAGGAAACCUCUGUGAGAAAAAGGAAAAUCAAGAAAAGCAGCCGAAUUCAACCAGAAUUCUAUCACUCAGUUCAAGUUACCCCAACUCGAAAACCUAGCUCCGGCAACGCGUCCUACCGAUGUUCCAUGUCGUCCUCUGCCGAUUUCUCUGAUGAGGAGGACUUCAGCCAGAGGUCGGGGACAGUGUCGCCGGCGCCGGGGGACACACUGCCCUGGAACCUGCCCAAACACGAGCGGUCCAAACGGAAGAUCCAGGGCGGCUCCGUACUGGACCCUGCCGAGAGGGCCGUGCUGCGCAUCGCCGAUGAGCGAGACAAAGUGCAAAAGAAGACCUUCACAAAAUGGAUUAAUCAGCAUCUCAUGAAGGUUCGAAAGCAUGUGAAUGACCUGUAUGAAGACCUAAGAGAUGGACACAACUUGAUCUCGCUCUUAGAAGUCCUUUCUGGAGACACCUUGCCAAGAGAGCGAGAUUUUUUGAAGACCUUACGGUUGGUGAGUUCAACAGAAGCAUGCGCAAAUGAACAGCAUGAGGAUGUGGAGGAUGAGGAUAAGGGGCCUCGUGAAAAAGGUCGGAUGCGUUUCCACAGGCUGCAGAACGUGCAGAUUGCACUUGACUAUCUGAAAAAACGCCAGGUGAAACUGGUUAACAUCAGAAAUGAUGACAUAACAGAUGGGAAUCCCAAACUGACUUUGGGGUUGAUAUGGACCAUAAUUUUGCACUUUCAGAUAUCUGAUAUCCAUGUUACUGGAGAGUCAGAGGACAUGUCUGCUAAAGAGAGGCUGCUCCUGUGGUCGCAGCAGACAACUGAGGGUUACGCUGGAGUACGCUGUGAAAAUUUCACUACCUGCUGGCGUGAUGGGAGAUUAUUUAAUGCCAUCAUUCAUAAAUACAGGCCGGACCUGAUAGACAUGAACACUGUUGCUGUUCAAAGCAACCAUGCAAAUUUAGAACAUGCUUUUUUUGUAGCAGAAAAACUUGGUGUUGCCCGACUUCUGGAUCCUGAAGAUGUUGAUGUUUCCUCACCUGAUGAGAAGUCAGUAAUAACUUAUGUGUCUUCACUUUAUGAUGCAUUUCCCAAAGUACCAGAAGGUGGUGAAGGCAUUGGUGCAAAUGAUGUUGAAGUCAAAUGGGUUGAAUAUCAGAAUAUGGUGAACUACCUCAUGCAGUGGAUUAGACACCAUGUCACGAUCAUGUCUGACAGAACAUUUCCCAACAAUCCUGUGGAAUUGAAGGCACUUUAUAAUCAAUAUUUACAAUUUAAAGAAAGAGAAAUUCCACCAAAGGAAACAGAUAAAUCAAAAAUUAAACGUCUCUACAAACUGCUGGAGGUCUGGAUAGAAUUUGGACGCAUCAAACUGCCUCAAGGCUAUCAUCCAAAUGAUACAGAAAAAGAAUGGGGAAAGCUUAUUAUUGCCAUGCUGGAAAGAGAGAAGACCCUUCGACCUGAAGUGGAGAGGUUGGAGAUACUGCAGCAGAUUGCAAACAGAAUUCAGCGAGACAGCCAGAGCUGCGAGAGCAAACUAGUACUUGCCCGGAACGCUCUGCAGUCUGAUGCUAAGCGGCUAGAGUCAGGGCUCCAGUUCCAGCAUGAAGCAGAAGUAGCUGGGUUUCUUCUUGAAUCCGAGAAUCUUCUCCGCCAGCAAGUGGUUGAUGCCCAAAUUCUUAUUGAUGGAAAAUACUACCAGGCAGACCAGCUUGUGCAAAGGUUUGCAAAACUUCGUGAUGAGCUGGUGGCCAUACGGACUGAAUGUGCUUCUCUGUACAACAAGGGGCAUGCACUCACAACAGAGCAGACAAAGCUUAUGAUAUCAGGAAUAACUGAAAGCUUAAACUCAGGAUUCACAACAAAUCUAACCCCUGAAUUAAAUGCUGCAAUGACCCAAGGUUUGACACCCACUUUGGCUUCUUCCAGCUUGACAGAGGAUCUUUCAUCAGGUCUUACUUCCAGACUAACACCAACCAUCGCUCCCACUUACACACCAGGCAUCCCACCACGGUUAAUUCAAAGCUAUGUGACAGGAGUAGACAGUGGGAGUCUGCAAACACUCAAACUGAUGCAAAUCAGAAAACCUCUUAUGAAAUCAGCUUUUGUGGAUCAGAAUUUAACAGAAGAAGAGGUGAACAUGAAAUUUGUCCAGGACCUAUUGAACUGGGUAGAAGAAAUGCAGGUGCAACUUGAUCGAGCAGAAUGGGGUUCAGAUUUACCAAGUGUGGAAAGCCAUUUAGAAAAUCACAAAAAUGUCCAUAAAGCUAUUGAAGAAUUUGAAUCCAGCCUUAAAGAAGCUAAAAUUAGUGAGAUCCAAAUGACUGCCCCUCUUAAACUCAGCUAUGCAGAAAAAUUGCACAAACUGGAGAGUCAGUAUGCAAAACUCUUGAACACCUCCAGAAAUCAGGAAAGACAUCUAGAUACUCUUCAUGAUUUUGUGUGUCGUGCUACUAGAGAGCUGAUAUGGCUGAAUGAAAAAGAAGAGGAAGAAGUUGCUUAUGACUGGAGUGAGAGAAACCCCAACAUAACAAGAAAAAAGGAAUACCACGCAGAAUUAAUGAGGGAACUUGAUCAAAAGGAAGAAGUUAUUAAAUCAGUACAAGAAAUAGCAGAGCAAUUGCUUCUUGAAAACCACCCAGCCAGGCUAACCAUAGAGGCCUAUAGAGCUGCAAUGCAGACACAAUGGAGCUGGAUUCUUCAGCUCUGUCACUGUGUGGAACAGCAUUUGAGAGAAAAUGCUGCCUAUUUUGAGUUUUUCAGUGAUGCCAAAGAAGCUAUGGAGUACUUAAAGACUUUGAAAGAUACCAUAUACCGAAAAUACAGUUGUGAUAGAUCAAGCAGCCUUCAUAGACUAGAAGACCUUGUCCAAGAGUCUAUGGAAGAAAAAGAACAACUCUUGCAGUAUAAGAGCACAGUAGCAGGCCUUGUGGGGAGAGCAAAGGCAAUAAUUCAGCUGAAGCCAAGGAACCCUGAUUGUAUACAUAAAACAUCCAUCCCAAUUAAAGCCAUCUGUGACUAUAGACAAAUCGAGAUAACUAUUUACAAAGAUGAUGAGUGUGUAUUAGCAAACAACUCCCAUCGUGCUAAAUGGAAAGUCAUUAGCCCGAGUGGUAAUGAGGCCAUGGUUCCAUCUGUGUGCUUUACAGUUCCUCCUCCAAACAAAGAAGCAAUAGAUACAGCCAACAGGAUUGAACAGCAGUUUCAGAAUGUUCUGGCCCUUUGGCAUGAGUCACAUGUGAACAUGAAGAGUGUGGUGUCCUGGCAUUACCUGACAAAUGAAAUUGAAGCUGUUCGGUCUGGCAAUGUUGCCUCGAUAAAGACGAUGCUGCCAGGUGAACAUCAACAAGUUCUAAGCAAUCUACAGUCGCGCUUUGAUGAUUUUGUGCAAGAUAGUCAGGAGUCAAAAAUCUUUACAAGCUCUGAUACAGCACAGCUGGAAAGGGAAGUUAAUAUCUGCAAGCAAUACUAUCAAGAACUUCUGAAAUCUGCAGAAAGAGAAGAGCAGGAGGAAUCUAUUUACAAUCUUUACAUCUCUGAAGUCAGAACCAUCAGACUACAACUGGAGAGUUGUGAGGAGAGGUUGAUCCGGCAGAUCCGGACCCCAAUGGAAAGGGAUGAUCUACAUGAAAGCGUGUUUAGGAUUUCAGAACAAGAGAAGCUGAAGAAGGAACUGGAUCGACUGAAGGAUGACCUGGGAGUUGUGACAGCUAAAUGUGAAGAGUUUUUUGGUCAAGCUGCUGGUUCACCUUCAGUCCCUACUCUACGCUCUGAGCUCAAUGUUGUUACUCAGAACAUGAAUCAAGUUUGCUCCAUGUCUUCCAUUUACAUAGAUAAAUUAAAAUCUGUAAAUUUGGUGGUGAGGAACACCCAAGGAGCAGAAUCCUUAGUAAAGCUGUAUGAAACUAAGUUGUGUGAAGAAGAGGCAGUAAUGGCUGACAAAAGCAAUAUUGAAAAUCUGAUGGGUACAUUAAAGCAAUGGAGAUCCGAAGUGGAUGAGAACAGGCAAGUGUUCCAUGCGUUAGAGGAUGAACUGCAGAAGGCAAAGAUGAUCAGUGAUCAGAUGUUUAAAAUGCACAAGGAACGUGAUCUUGACUUUGACUGGCAUAAAGAAAAAGUUGAUCAACUAGCAGAGAGAUGGCAGAACAUUCAUUCUCAAAUUGAAAAUAGAUUGCGUGACUUAGAAGGUAUUAAUAAAUCUCUGAAGUAUUACAAAGAUGCUUACAAUUCUUUGGACAUUUGGAUUCAACAAGUAGAAGAUACUCAGCGAAAGAUUCAAGAAGCCCAUCCCGAAAAUAGCAAAGAAUUGGCUAAGCAGCUGAACCAACUUAAGGUGCUGGUUUCUGAUAUUGAGAGAAAACAAAGCAAAAUAGAUGAAUGCCAGAAGUAUUCAGAACAAUACUCAGCUGCUGUGAAGGACUAUGAGUUGCAGACUAUGACCUACAGAGCUAUGGUUGACUCCCAACAAAAGUCUCCAGUGAAACGCCGAAGAAUGCAAAGCUCAUCAGACUUCAUUAUCCAAGAGUUCAUGGAUUUACGGACUCGCUAUACUGCCUUAGUGACUUUGAUGACCCAACACAUUAAGUUUGCAGGUGACUCUUUGAAAAGACUGGAAGAGGAAGAGAAAUCAAUGGAAGAGGAAAAGAAGGAGCAUGUUGAAAAAGCUGGGGAUUUACUGAAAUGGAUGUCAAACCUCAGCAAGACACUGAGCAAACAAGAAGGAGAAAAGACUGAAAAGACAGAUUUGCCUAAGCAGCAGAUUUCCCUGGAUGAAAUGUCAACCAAGAAAGAACAAAUAGCUGAAGCUCUGCAGACUACUCAGUCAUUUUUAGCUAAGCACAGUGACAAAAUGACAGAUGAAGAAAGAAACGAAAUGGAGAAACAAGUCAGAUCCCUCCAGGAGAGCUACAGCUUGUUAUCCAAUGAAGCUUUGAAGCAGCUGCAUAAAGCACAGUACCUAGGAGAUGAAAAGAUGGAAGAAAAGGUGGAUAAAGUCAUUGCUGGUGUCGUUGACCAAACAACCGGAGAAGUCUUUUCAGUCUUUCAGUCUGUCUUAAAAGGUUUUAUUGAUUAUGACACUGGAAUUAGAUUGCUUGAGAAUCAACUGAUCCUUUCUGGAAUAAUCUGUCCAGAAUUAGGAGUAUGUUAUGAUUUGGAAGAAGCUAAAGCUCAUGCAUUAAUCGAUGAGCAGAUUCUGUUGCAGUUGCAGGAAUUAAGUAACGUAAAGAAGCUUAUUUCAGAAUCUUCAUUGUCAAAUCUGCCAGUUGUAUCAGCUCUAGAACAAGGUCUCAUUUCAGAACCUUUGGCCAUUAAAAUUCUUGAGAAUCAGCUAUCAAGUGGGCUCUUGAUUUUGCCAUCUACUGGAGAGAAACUGACUUUGCAGAAUGCUUUCCAGAGAAACCUGAUUUCUCCAACGUUAUAUACAAAGCUUCGGGAAAGACAAGACACAUGUAAAGAUCUCAUAGACCCCAGCUGUGCUGAGAAGAUUUCCCUUGAACAGAUGAUUCACAGAUGCAUAAUACAUGAGAGAACAGGGUUAAGGCUCCUACCUGUGAAACCACAAGAAAAAGGCAGAAUCACAUUCAAAUCUGGAAGAAAGAUAAGUGUUUUAAGGGCAGCUCAUGAAGGACUCAUCGAUCGGGAGACAAUGUUCAGGCUGCUGGGUUCUCAGUUAAUAUCUGGAGGUAUAAUUGACCCUGACUCAGGGAAGCAAAUGACUCUGGAGGAUGCUGUGAGGCAAGGGAUGAUAGAUCAGGACACUGCUUGUGGAAUCCUCACACAUCAAGUUCAGACUGGUGGAAUCCUUUGUCCAAACUCAGGACAACGCUUGACUGUUGAUGAAGCUGUGCAGUGCAACUUAAUAUCAUCUACCAGUGCACUGCUGGUAUUAGAAGCACAGAGAGGCUUUGUUGGACUAAUCUGGCCUCACACGGGUGAAAUAUUCCCCAUAUCAACUUCCUUGCACCAAGAGAUGAUAACGAACGAACUGGCAUUCAAAAUACUGAGUGAUAGACAGAAAAUAGCUGCACUUUACAUUCCAGAAACUUGUGAAAUAAUCAGUCUGGAUAAAGCUGCACAGUCGGGGAUAAUAGAGAGGAAUAGUCUAUCUGUUUUGAGCAAUGUCAUUUUACCAGAUGCAAUGCCCAAUCUGGAAGAAUUGGAGUCCCCCUGUAAAAGCACUGCAAAGUGGUUAUCAGCUUAUGAUUUCCUUCCAUCUGUUUCUCAUGACUGUGAGGAGGAAGAGUCUGGCACAGAAGACCUUGUAUGUCAUAAUUUAGAUCAAGCUAAGAAAUUAUUCAUAUCUUAUUUGAUGGUAAAUAGUUACAUGGAUGCAAACACUGGAGGAAGACUUUUAUUAUAUGAUGGACAACUGCAGGAAGCCAUCAAUAUGUUGCUGGAUGAUGGUGCUGCAUGCAAGACCAAUGUGUCAGAAAUUAAGUUUAAUAACAAAUGCAUAAGCCAGAAAGGAAUCAACCUGAGAUCGUCUGGCACUGCUGUCCACUUCAGUAAUGUCACAGGUAGUGUUCAGGGAGAUCUUUCAGAUGCUGAGAAUACUUCUAAUGGUGGAAAAUUAAGUCAGUUUGAAGAUUUGGGGCAUUCCAUAUCUUUACAGGGAGAAGAUUUCUGUGUGUGUAGACCAGGUGGUUGCAGUGCUAUUGAUACUGAGCAAUCAGAAUAUACUAACCCUGCAGAGCUCAGAAAUGCAGUAAAUAGCAUUCAAAAUCCCAUGAGCAGAAAUGCAUUUAGAGGCCUUGCAGAGAUUUCUGAGUGGGCAGAACUGUGUAAGCAUGACAGUCAGAAGGCAAAUGCAGGUAACAUUGAAGGAUAUCUUCCAAAUUACUCAAAUACAAAUUUUGCUUCAGAGACAGAGAAAGAAGAGAUUUAUAUGGCAGGCAGUCUAGGAAAUGAAUACACCUUACAAAACUCCUUGAGUGUGGAAGAUUUGUCAGAUAAUGAAACGUGGAGAGAGCUGGAAAGAUGCACAACAUAUGAGCCCCAGGUAUUGCAAGCUGACAAGGACAGAGAGGUAGUGGAUCACAGCAAGCAAGAAAGUUUUGUCCGAGGCCAUGGUUCAUCCAUUGGUGCAGAUACUCAGUAUAGCCUUCAAGAAGAACUGGUUAGCCAGUGUGGUGACACACAGCAGUUUGAAGCUAAUGAAUAUAGGGAACAGCCUCUACAGGACUCUGCUAUCCCAUCCCUGGAAGACUGUCUUUACGUAAAGGGCAUGGCAUCCUCAGGGGUUGGUACUGACUUGUGGAGUAAGCCAUCUCUAGAAGGCAGUGGAGGCAUUCACAGCAGGCCUUCAUUGGAUGGCAAUACUGUGCUACAGGGGGGACCACCUGUGGGGUACAGUAACAGCAUGGCACAAAGGCUAACCACAGAAGAAAGCGAUCUUACCUUCAGCGAGUUACUGCCCUGUGACAGUAGUUCUGACUCGUCACUAGAGGAGAGUGAUGGCAUCCCACAGCUUGAAAGUGACUCCUUACAGCAUGAAUGUGGGGAGGUAACCUCUGAAGAUGACAGCUCUCCAUUUGAUGAUGAUGAUGAUGAUGACGAUGAUGACAGUGAUGCCUAUGAAACACCUCAGGUUGAUGAUGAUGACAGUGAUGUCUAUGAUAGUCCACAAAUUGAUAAUGAUGAUUCCUAUGGCACUCCUCAAGAUGAUGAUGAUUGCAGUCCUCUGCACCCGGGGGACAGUAAUACACCAGAGCCAGAAUUAUCUGGAAUAUCUGUGCCACUGGGUUUUCUAGAGGAGAGAGGUGGUCUAAUAACCCUGAGAGAAGAGACCAGCCCUUUUCAAGCACUUGCAGCUAAAGCUGAAGAGAACGACCACAUCAAUUUGAGAGGGCUACCUGAGAACUUAAACAGAGUUUCUGCAAUUGCUGAAAGUAUGGAAAGAAUCCCUGAGGAGGAGAGAGAAAGAACAGGGAGCUUUGGAAACAAGAAGCAGGGGUUACCAGUUACUCUGGAGAGUGAAGGAGAGAGAGGCCUUAGUUCUUCACAGCAGGUGUGUGAAGCAGAAGUACAAGACAGAAUUGAGGAAGAUGAAGUGAAAGCAGAAAGUGACUCUUGUGACAGUGAAUCUGAAGGUACACAAGAGGAGGAAGGUUAUGAAGAGGAUUAUAGUAGUUCUGAUGACUCUGACACUGAUUCUGACAGUGAUGGAGAAAUGGCAAUUUUUCAUUCCCGUCAUCAGUGUAUAAAAAAAUGUGACCAGCUGCCAGUUUCCUUAGGUGACAUUGAAAAUAACUAUGAAAAUACUGAGGAUAUUGAUUCUUUAGGCUGCAAGACAGGAUAUAGUUUGCAGUUCCAGUCUAACCAUGAAAAUGGAAAACUGUCCUUGGGAAAAUAUGACUCUGCAUCAGAUCUUCUUGAGCGAAGAUAUGUUGGUCUUCCAGGUACAAGUGAAGAGGACAAACAGAAGGAAAUGGAAUAUGAAUAUGAGACUUCUGACAUAAGUAAAGACAUGUCACAAGACACUGCUGAGCCUAUUUGGUCUGAAAAUACCUUUGACACUAAGUGGGCAUCCUGCAAGAAUGAAGAAAAUACUAAAACACAGCUUAAAGUUCCAAGUUCUCCACUUCCUAGCGAUAGCAUGACAGCCUUCCUAACUACAAAGAAAUCUACUGAUGAUGAGCAAACUGCUCAGAUAAAUUUGCUUCUCUCAGAAGGCUUUCCUGAUAGCAUGCAUACAAAGAAUGGUACCAUGGCAAUGCUACAUUCAAGUGAUGGCCAACGACAGAAAGAAACAGUAUUUGCAGAAGGAAAAGUACUAAACGAUACAGCUGGUGCUGAACAGCUAAAGGGAAAUGCUUCUGAAAUGGACAGUAAUUUCCUUGUGGAAAUGUGUUGUAUGAGUGAUGGUGAUGGUUCACUUAGCAGCCAAGUACAUCCAGUGACCAGUCAGAAGCAUGGUGAGAUAGGAAGAUGUUUUGAAAUUACUGCAGAAGAUAAAAAUAGAGUAAAUGUUACUGAGGGAUGUGAUACCUUGGGGCUACAUAAAAGUCCUAUUCAGAUGGAAAGCCUUGGGGAAAUAUUUGAUGCAUCAGUUAUUAAAGCUGGUAGAGAAACUCCUGUUUCAAGUAAAGAAAAAGUAAAUAUUUUGCUUCACACUGGAGGUGAUGUGAAAUCAGAUGAAUUUGGGGUAGAUUUUAACGUUUCUACUCCUUUAAAGCAAUACUCAACCAGCGUAAAAGGAGGUGGUCGGUCAGAACUAGGUGAAACCAAAUCCUGUUGCUUUGAGGACAGGGAAAAAGGGGGAAAGGGUAUACAAAAUGAAAAGAAUUUUCUGCUAAAUACAGAAGAAAUGCCUUCAAGUGGAUUUAACACUUCCUCUUUUGCCCCAGCUGAUACAGUGAAACCAAAGGAAAUUAGUGUCACUAAAGAAACAGGGAGCGUUGUCUGUCAGAAUACCCAUGGUGUUCUUAAAGGCCUUGCAGAAAAUCAGAGCAGCAGUGACAGUGAAUUUUCUCCAGUAAAAGCAGAAGUUUUAGGAAGUUCUGAGGAUGCCCAGGAAUCGGGGUGUAAGACUGAAGUGCUGUUUUCUGAUAGCCAUACCCAUACCAUUGAUGCUUCUUCUGCGAUUCUGAGCAGCACAGGGGCUGGCUUGAAUUCCAGUGCCCAGAAAGAACAGGAGAUGCUGAAAAACACAAAGGAAGAACAUUGCAUGGCCAAUGAGGCUCCUUCCUCUGGAAGUGAUUUCAAAACACAAACAUCUAUGGAAUCAUUACCAAAGGAAAUGGAAACUUGCAAAGAUUUUCAAGUCGAGGAAGGUAUUUCUCAACCACCAGAAAUGUCUGAUGCAGCAAUGGAAGACUUCAAGAAUCUGUUACAAAGGAAACUGAAAAAGGGGCACGUUUGCUGCAAGCAGGAGGGUGAACCCCUAAGUUACUCUGACACCAAAGUUUUAAUGGAAAGCUUAUUUACAAUGAUUAGAGGCACCCAGCUUCUGAGUGACACCUCUAGUGGGUCAAAUCUCAAGCAAAUAAACAGUGCUGUUAGAAGCACAUUAACCUUUAGUGCACCUUGUACAGAAACAAAGGACAGUGAUGCUCUUUCAUCGCUUUGGCCUGAUGGUAGAAGUCCUGAUCUUCUUCGUGAUAUUCUGAAGCAGGAAUCCUUCAAGCAAAAAAUGGCUGAUCCAGAUCAAAGGAAUAGUGAAACAGAGGUGAAAACUCCCCUGCCAAAACUUACUAAUUCUGAACUUCUUGAGAUUUUUCGGCUCUCAUCUGGAGAUGAAAGUAAAAGCAAAUUAGAGGAGCUGAUGUGUGGCUUGCUUACAAACUCACAGGUCGCUGGCAUCAGCACAGAACAUGAAGGUAAAGGCAAAAGAGGUGGGCUUUGUACUGCUUUCUCAACAGAACAAUCAGAAUUUGGAUCAGAAAUGGCAAAAGAGAAAACACUGCCAGAUGACACAGCCAUUGCUUGGAAGAGAGGCCAGGAACACGGGAAGACAGACAGCCUAUCCGGAGUCUUUACUGAACCUGUUUGCAAAGCAAAAGAAGCAGUCCUGAAAGACAUCCCCACAAGCCUGGUCAGUGGAGUACAACAAUGUUUACAGUUAACAGAGAAAAUGCAAGGACAUUUAGGAGUGCUUCAAGAUAUGAAAAGCCACCUGGAUUACCAACAGCCUAUUAGUAACAGCCUGGAAAUACUGAAAGAUGAACUAGAACAACUAGAGUCGUUUCAGUCAGGACUGGCUACCUUUGCAAUCGGCCUGAAAAAGGACAUGAAGUUAACAGAAGAGUUUUUAAAGUUUUGUCACGGAGAUAUUCCUGAAGAGAAACUUAAAGAGCUGAAGAUAAGCUAUGACUGUGUGCAGGAAGUGUUUGUGGUGAUCUGUGAUACAUCUUCAAAAAGAGCAAAUGAAAUAGUCUGUGCUAUUGACUUGGAAAUGUCUAACCUUGCAGUAAUGCACCAGCAACUUUUAAGCAGACUCCAGAUAUUUUCAGACUGGAUCAGAGAAAACAGUAAAAUCAUGAAUGACUUCACAGUGAACACUACUGGUGCAGAAGAGAUGGGGAAAAGUUUACAACAACUUAAAAACAGUGUUGCAGAGCUUGGCAGUAAAAAGAUGGAAUUAGAUUCCACUGCGUUUGAUAUUCAGUUCUUCAUUUCUGAACAUGCUCAAGAUCUUUCUCCAAAUCAGAGCAAACAGCUGCUGAGACUCUUAAAUACCACCCAGAAAUGCUUUCAGGAAGUACAGGAAGCAGUAACAUCUCAGGUGGAAAGUUUAGAGACUCAGUUACAGGCAGCGAAAGAGCUGGGUGAUCAGAAGGACGUGGCUGAACGGCAGCAGGAAUGCAAAGAGAAACUGCAGGAGAUAUGUGAUUUGCUUACACAGACUGAAAAUCGACUCAUUGGACAGCAAGAGUCUCUUGUUAUUGGAGACAGCAAGGCUGAGCUAGAGCAAUACCAGACCAAACAGGAGGAGAUUCAGAAAGACAUGAGAAUGAGUGCCCAGACACUGGCAGAGAUUGUGAAAAAUACUGAAAGCUUCUUGAAAGAGAGUGGAGAGAAGCUGUCACAAGAAGACAAGACUAUUAUUGAACAGAAACUGAAUGAGGCAAAGACAAAGUGUUUGCUUCUUAGCCAGAAGGCAGAAGAGUCGAAAAAGGAACUGGAUAAAGCUAUGACAACGGCAAUUAAGCAGGAAACAGAAAAGGUUGCAGCCAUAGAACAGCUGGAAGAAAGUAAAAAUACAAUAAAUAAUCUUUUGGAUUGGUUAUCAAAUGUGGAUAAAGAAGCAGAGCGUGGCCGGAAGUAUAAGCAGGUGAUAGAACAGAAUGGAACACACUUUGAAGAAGGAGAUGUGAAGGCUUUGGAAGGAGAGGAGGAUGAUGUCAAUGGCAAUCUGCUGGAAAUACAGCAAAACUUUGAAACUCAGGUGGAUGGACUAGUAAAAAUCACAGAAGAUAACCUGAACCAGCAGUAUCAGAAAGUCAAGGCUCAACAUGAUAAAAUAAUUUCACAGCAGCAGGCUGUCAUAAUAGCAACUCAGUCUGCUCAGGCACUGCUUGAGAAACAAGGGCACUACCUUUCCCCUGAAGAAAAAGAAAAGAUGCAAAGGAACAUGAAAGAAUUGAAGGCUCAGUAUGAGACUGCUUUAGCUGAAUCAGAGCGGAAAAUGAAAUUGACUCAUUCUCUAAGAGAAGAGCUUGAGAAGUUUGAUGCGGACUAUAGUGAAUUUGAAACCUGGCUGCAGCAAGCAGAGCAAGAACUUGGCAAUUUAGAGGCAGGUGCUUCUGACUUUGGUGGUAUUAUGGUGAAGCUGAAAAGGCAAAGGAGCUUUUCAGAAGAUGUCAUAUCUCACAAAGGGGAUUUACGGUAUAUUACAAUUGCCGGACAAAGAGUUUUAGAUGCUGCAAGGUCAUGUAGCAAAAGAGAUGGUGUAAAGGUUGACAAAGAUGGUAUUGAUACUUCAGCUACGUACACUGAAGUGCAAAAUAAACUGGAUAAUGCUUCAGAUCGUUUCAAGUCUCUCUAUACAAAGUGUAGCAUCCUUGGAAAUAACCUUAAAGACUUGGUGGAUAAAUACCAGCAUUAUGAAGAUGCCUCAUCUGGACUUUUAUCAGGUCUCCAGGCCUCUGAAAUAGCAGUGAGCAAACAACUGUCAGAGCCAAUUGCAGUGGAUCCCAAAAAUCUCCAAAGACAACUAGAAGAAACCAAGGUUCUUCAGGGACAAGUGUCUAACCAUCAAAUUGCUGUAGAAAAACUGAAAAAAGCUGCUGAAGUGUUGCUAGAGUCAAGGGGAGAGUUGACACCAGACAAAGAUGAGAUUCAGAAAACACUGGAUGAUGUUGUGGAGAGGUAUGACAACUUAUCCAAGUCCGUGAAUGAAAGGAAUGAGAAACUUCAAAUCACUUUGACACGAUCCCUAAGUGUGCAGGAUGGUUUGGAUGAAAUGCUGGAUUGGAUGGAAGGAGUUGAAAAGAGCCUUGAAGAACAAGACCAAGUGCCUUUGAAUUCUGCUGCUAUUCAAGAUAUUAUUAGUAAAAGCAUUAUGAUGGAGCAAGACAUUGCAGGUCGUCAAAGCAGUAUAAACACGAUGAAUGAGAAGGUGAAGAAGUUCACAGAAACAGCAGAUCCAUCCACCGCGUCCACGCUGCAAGCGAAAAUGAGCGAACUGGCAGGACGGUUCUCUAAAGCAAGUAACAAGCAUAAAGAGAAGCUUAUGAAAAUGGAGGAGUUGAAGACUAAAGUUGAGUUAUUUGAAGGUCUUUCAGAAAAGCUGCAGUCGUUUAUAGACGAGAAAAAUCAGGCGCUCAGUGAGGCAGAGGCACCGAGAAAGGAUGUUAGUGAAGUGUCUCAAUAUAUGCAGGAAGCUAGUGUAGAAUUGGCACAACAUAAAAAGGAUCUGGAAGUUUUGCAGCAACUAAUUGAAGAACUUUCAUCCCAUGCUCUUCCUGGAGAUAAAGCAUUGGUGUUAGAAAAAGUAAAUAGUUUGUCAAAGAAAUUCAGAGAGGUAGAGGAAACUGUAAAGGAAAAAGAAGAAGAUGUAUCAUCGUGUCAGAAACAAAUGGAUGCCUUUGAGCUCCUUGUAGAAUCAUUGAAGAAAUGGAUAAAAGAGACAACAGAACGAAUUCCAGCAGCACAACCCUCUCUGAAUACAGAGGGCUUAAAGAAACCUCUGGAAGAUACAUUGAAUUUGAAAGAUGAAUGGACUUCAAAAGCACCUGAAGUGCAGAAAAUGAAUAGCAGAGGAACAUUACUGUGUAAUCUAAUCACUGCUGUGACUUCUCCUGCCAAAAUGAGAGCAGCUGCAAAAUCAGGUAGCACAAUGUUAAAUGGUGAAGGAGGAGCUCCAGGAUCUCAGGAUUUCCUUAAAAAUAAAGAGUUGUCGACUGUUCAACAAGCUAUGUCUGAUGUAAAUCAUAGUUAUGAAGAUUUGGGAGUUUUAUUGAAGGAAAAGAUUUCAGAACUAGAAAGUAUGCUUUCAAAAAUGCAGAAUAUUCAGGAAGAAUCGACCUCAAUGAUGCAGUGGCUGCAGAAAAUGGAGAAAACUGCCUCAGACUGGGAAGCUGCUCCAACUGAUGGUGAAGCAGUUAAAGCUCAAGUUGAGCAACAUAAGCUCUUUGAAACCGAAUUAAAGCAAAGUGCAAAUAAAGUGCAGGAGCUAAAGGACAAAGUGACAGAGCUGUUGGAGAAGAAUCCUGAUUCUCCUGAGGCACCCAAGUGGAGACAAAUGUUGGAUAAAAUAGAUUCUAAAUGGAAUGAGCUCAAUCAAGUUACGUGUGAGAGACAACAAAAACUGGAGGAAUCUUCAAAUUACCUGACCCAGUUCCAGACAGCAGAAGCUCAGCUAAAGCACUGGCUUGUAGAAAAGGAGCUAAUGGUCAGCGUGCUGGGACCACUCUCCAUAGAUCCUAAUAUGCUGAAUACACAAAAGCAGCAAGUUCACAUUCUGCUCAAGGAGUUUGACACCAGAAAGCCACAAUAUGAGCAAUUGUCUAUGGCUGGUGAAGGAAUUCUGAAGAAACCUGGUGAACAUCCACCCUCUCAUGAAAUUGUAAAAGAGCAGCUGGCAGCUGUGGCACAAAAAUGGGACAAUCUAACUGGCCAGCUGAGGAACAGAUGUGACCGAAUUGACCAAGCCAUUCUGAAAAGCACAGAGUAUCAAAGUCUCCUUAGAACUCUGUCUGAUAAGCUAAGUGCCUUGGACAGCAAACUAAGCAGCAGCCUGGCUGUGAGUACUCGACCUGAUGCUGUGAAACAACAACUGGAAGCUGCUAGAGAAAUGAAGGAGGAAAUAGAACAGGAAACAAAGAAUAUAAAUGCAGCUCAAGCUCUUUGUGAAGAGCUGUCAACACUGGUUGGAGAAGAGUAUUUGAAAGCAGAACUUACAAGACAGUUAGAUGGCAUCUUAAAACUGUUUAAGGAUGUUGAGCAAAAAUCAGAGAAUCAUGUUCAGCAGCUUCAGUCAACAUAUGCCACUUCUCAUCAGUUCCAGCAAAUGUCUAAGGACUUUCAGACCUGGCUAAGCAAAAAGAAAGAAGAGCUGAACCAGGCUCGUCCUGUAUCAGCCAAACUUGAUGCCUUGCAAUCACUACUUGAAGAACAGGAAGAUUUAAAGAAGACCAUGACUGAACAGAUUAGUUCAUAUGAGAGAAUUGUUGCAGAAGGAGAAAGCAUAUUACAGAAGACUCAAGGGGCUGACAAAGCAGCAUUACAAUCCCAGCUUGCCACACUCAGAAGUAACUGGGAUGAAAUAAAUAAGCAGGUAAAAGAAAAGCAAGAUAAAUUAACUGAUUGUCUGGAGAAAGCCCUCAAAUACAAGCAGCAUGUAGAAAAUCUAAAGCCGUGGCUAGAGAAGUGCCAAAAUAACCUGUGUGAGUUAAAAAUUGGUGUAAACCCUGCUGAAAUAGAGAAUUCUAUAGUUCAGGUGAGGGCCUGGCAGAAGGAUCUGGAUAAACACCAUGGGAUGGUGGAGCUGUUAAAUAGUACUGCUGAAAGUUUGCUCAAUGCAAGUCAAACAGAUAAGGAAAUAGUUCGAGAAGAAACGAAGAUGCUGAAUCAGAAAGUGAAUGUGGUCACAGAGCAACUACAUAAGAAGAAAGAGUGCUUGGAAAAUAUGGCACAAAGGCUGAAAGAGUUUCAGGAAUCAUCCAGGGAAACUGAAAAACAGCUUAAAAUUGCCAAAGACCACCUGGAAGCUCACGACUCACUCGGACCUCAGUCGUUCAGUAGCAAACACCUGACGAUGAUGCAGGCGCAGCAGAAGGCAUUGCAGGCAUUAAAACCUCGUGUUGAUGUAACAAAAAAAGUUGCCCAAGACCUGGUGGUAGAAGCUUCUGAUUCAGUAGGUGUUUCUGACCUUUUGCUCCAAGCUGAGUCUUUGGAGCAAGAGUACAAUGCAGUGAACCAGCAAGUGGAAGAGAGGUGCUCGUUCUUAGAGACGAAGCUUCAGGGAAUCGGCCAUUUCCAAAACAGCAUCCGAGAGAUGUUCUCUCAGUUCGCAGAGUUUGAUGAUGAACUGGACAGUAUGGCUCCAGUUGGGAGAGAUCUCAAGGUGCUGCAAGCACAGAGGGAGGACAUCAAAUGUUUCCUGAAAAAGCUGGAGGAUCUUAUAAUGAAUAAUGAAAAUGCUAAUAAAAACUGUAAAAUUAUGCUAGCCACAGAGGCUGAAGCUUCUCCUGAUCUUGCUGGUAUAAAAAGAGACUUGGAAGCUUUAAAUAAACAGUGCAACAAGCUGUUAGAUAGAGCAAAAGCCAGGGAAGAUCAAGUGGAGGGUACUAUUAGUCGUGUUGAGGAGUUUUACAGUAAGUUAGAAGAGUUUUCCAGUCUGCUUCGGAGAGCUGAAGAGCAUGAGGAAUCACAAGGUCCUGUUGGAAUGGAAACAGAGACUAUCAAUCAGCAGCUGAAUACAUUCAAGGUAUUGCAGAAAGAAGAAAUUGAACCCUUACAGGUAAAACAACAGGAGGUAAAUUGGUUGGGUCAAGGCCUUAUUCAAAGUGCUGCAAAAAAUACCAACACAGAAAACCUGGAACAUGACCUUGAAGAUGUCAAUACCCGAUGGAAGACUCUUAAUAAGAAGGUUGCCCAGCGUGCCGCACAAUUGCAGGAAGCCCUCCUUCACUGUGGAAGAUUUCAGGAUGCCCUCGAAUCUCUGCUCAGCUGGCUCAUUGAUACAGAAGACCUUGUGGCUAAUCAGAAGCCUCCAUCUGCUGAAUUCAAAGUUGUGAAGGCCCAAAUCCAAGAACAGAAACUCCUUCAGAGAUUGCUGGAUGACCGCAAACCUACUGUUGAGGUAAUCAAGCGCGAAGGAGAGAAAAUUGCAGAGUCAGCAGAAGCUGCUGAUAAAGUGAAAAUCUUGAAACAGUUGAGUUUCCUGGAUAGCCGAUGGGAUGCAUUGCUCAGUAAAGCUGAAACAAGAAACCGUCAGUUGGAAGGAAUCUUGGUGGUAGCGCAGCAGUUCCAUGAAGCUCUGGAACCACUGGUGGAGUGGCUGACUGCCACAGAGAAGAGGCUUGCAAAUGCAGAACCCAUUGGAACACAGGCCUCCAAACUGCAACAGCAAAUUUCUCAGCACAAAGCUCUAGAAGAUGAUGUCCUAGCUCACAAUAAGAGUUUACAUCAGGCCAUUAGCACUGGUCAGUCUCUAAAGACUAUGAGCUCCAGGGAAGAUAAAGAUAUGGUGCAGGAAAAGCUAGAUUCUGCUCAGGCCCGCUACAUUGAGAUCCAAGAGAAGAGCAACAGCAGGUCUGAACUCCUCCAACAAGCUUACAGCAAUGCCCAGAUUUUUGGGGAGGAUGAAGUUGAAUUGAUGAACUGGCUGAAUGAAGUCCAUGAUAAACUGAGCAAAUUGUCAGUCCAAGAUUGCAACACAGACUUGCUUCAGAAUCAACACUCUGAACUACUGGAUCUUCAGGAGGAGAUUCUUCUUAGGAAGCAAAACGUUGAUUUGGCUAUACAAAAUGGCUUAGAGCUUCUCAAGCAAACAACAGGUGAUGAAGUUGUGGUAAUACAAGAUAAACUGGAAGGCAUUAAAGCAAGAUAUAGAGAUAUCACAAAAUUGAGUUCUGAUGUAUCCAAGACCUUAGAGCAGGCUCUGCAGCUUGCAAGUCAACUGCACCCAACUCAUGAGGAACUCUGCAAAUGGCUUGAUGAAGUGGAGGUGGAGUUACUGUCAUAUGAAACUCAAUUACCUAAGGGUGAAGAAUUAAGCCAAGUACAAGAAAGACAAAAAGAGCUGAAAAAAGAAGCAAAGAACAACAAAGGCUUACUGGACACUCUGAAUGAAGUUGGCAGUGCCUUCCUGGAGUUGGUGCCAUGGAGGGCCAGAGAGGGGCUUGACAAGAUGAUAACGGAGGUCAACGAGCGUUACAGAUUAGUGAGCGACACGAUUUCUCAGAAGGUGGAUGAGAUUGAUGCUGCUAUCCUGAGAUCCCAGCAGUUUGAUCGGGCAGCUGAUGCUGAAUUUGCCUGGAUUGCAGAAACAGAAAAGAAACUGAUGUCUCUGGGUGAUAUUAGGCUUGAGCAAGACCAGACCACAGCUCAGCUACAAGUUCAAAAGGCCUUUACCAUGGAGAUUUUGAGACACAAAGAUACUAUAGAUGAGCUUGUUAAAUCGGGGGAUAAGAUUAUGAACACGUGCACUGAAGAAGAGAAACAGUCCAUCAAGAAAAAAAUGAAAAGCCUUUUACAGAAGUAUGAUGCAGUCUGUCAAAUGAACUCUGAGAGGAACCUCCAGCUGGAACGGGCUCAGUCCCUGGUUAACCAGUUCUGGGAGACUUAUGAAGAGCUUUGGCCGUGGUUAACUGAAACAGAAAUGAUCAUCUCUCAGCUUCCUGCACCAGCCCUUGAAUAUGAAACGUUAAAGCAACAACAGGAAGAGCACAGGCAACUGCGUGAGCUGAUCGCUGAGCACAAGCCUCAUAUAGAUAAGAUGAACAAAACUGGGCCUCAGUUGCUGGAGCUGAGCCCAGGAGAAGGCUUUUCUAUCCAGGAGAAGUAUGUGGCAGCUGACAGCCUUUACAGUAAAAUUAAGGAAGAUGUCAAAAAGCGAGCACUGGCACUGGAUGAAGCCAUUUCUCAGUGUACCCAGUUUCAUGACAAGAUAGAUCCAACUCUUGAGAGUCUGAAACGCAUAGUUGAACGUCUGAGGCAGCCACCUUCAAUCUCAGCAGAAGUUGAGAAGAUUAAAGAGCAAAUCAGUGAAAAUAAGAACUUGUCAGUGGAUCUGGAAAAACUUCAGCCAGUGUAUGAAACACUGAAGCAGAGAGGGGAGGAAAUGAUUGCUCGCUCAGAAGGAGCUGACAAGGAUAUAUCUGCUAAAGCUGUUCAAGAUAAACUAGACCAAAUGGUCCUUAUUUGGGAAGAUAUCCAGACCUUGACUGAAGAAAGAGAGGCCAAAUUGUUGGAUGUAAUGGAACUAGCUGAAAAGUUUUGGUGUGACCAUAUGGCUCUUGUAGCUACUAUUAAAGAUACUCAGGACUUCAUUCGAGAGCUGGAGGGACCUGGUGUUGACCCAUCUGUAGUCAAGCAGCAGCAAGAAGCCACUGAGGCUGCUAAAGAAGAAAUUGAUGGGCUACAAGAAGAACUGGAAGCAGUUGUGAGCCUUGGCUCUGAACUUAGAGCUGCUUGUGGAGAGCCUGACAAACCUAUUGUCAACAAGAGUAUAGAUGAGCUGAAUUCUGCCUGGGAUGCCUUAAAUAAAACAUGGAAAGAACGAGUGGACAAGCUUGCUGAAGCUAUGCAGGCAGCUGUUCAAUACCAGGAUGGACUGCAGGCCAUAUUUGACUGGGUAGACAUUGCUGGUGGCAAGUUAGCAUCUAUGUCCCCUGUUGGAACAGAUCUAGAGACUGUGAAGCAGCAAACUGAAGAACUUAAGCAAUUUAAGACAGAAGCUUAUCAGCAGCAGAUAGAAAUGGAGAGGCUGAACCAUCAGGCAGAACUGUUGCUGAAGAAGGUAACACAGGAGAGUGACAAGCACACUGUACAAGACCCUCUCUCAGAGCUCAAACUCAUGUGGGAUGCCCUAGAAGAAAAAAUUAUAAGCAGACAGCACAAGCUGGAAGGUGCCUUGUUAGCCUUGGGGCAGUUCCAGCAUGCCCUGGACGAGUUACUAACGUGGCUGACACAUACCGAAGAGUUGCUGAAUGAACAGAAACCUGUGGGUGGAGACCCCAAGGCUAUUGAAAUUGAACUUGCCAAACAUCAUGUGCUACAAAAUGAUGUUUUAGCUCAUCAGUCUACAGUGGAAGCAGUUAAGAAAGCAGGAAAUGAUCUGAUUGAGUCGAGUGCUAUUGAAGAAGCCAGUAAUUUACGGAGCAAGUUGGAACUUCUGAAUCAGCGCUGGCAAAACGUGUUGGAAAAAACAGAACAAAGGAAAGAGCAGCUGCAGAGUGCCUUGAUCCAGGCCCAAGGUUUCCAUGGCGAAGUUGAAGAUUUGCAGCAGUGGCUAACAGACACUGAACGUCAGCUGUUGGCAUCAAAACCUGUUGGAGGCUUACCAGAAACAGCAAGAGAACAGCUUAAUACACAUAUGGAACUCUGUGCUGCCUUUGAAGCCAAAGAGGAGACAUAUAAGCGUCUAAUGCAGAAAGGCCAGCAGAUGCUUGCAAGAUGCCCAGAGUCUUCUGAGACAAACGUUGAGCAGGACAUAAAUAACUUAAAAGAAAAAUGGGAAUCAGUACAAACAAAGCUCAGUGAAAGAAAAACCAAACUGGAAGAAGCCCUCAAUUUAGCAAUGGAGUUCCACAACUCUCUUCAAGAUUUCAUCAAUUGGCUUACUCAGGCUGAGCAGACUCUAACUGCAGCUUCUCGGCCAAGUCUUAUCUUGGACACUGUCUUGUUUCAAAUUGAUGAACACAAGGUUUUUGCCACAGAAGUGAAUUCUCAUCGUGAUCAGAUCAUAGAGCUGGACAAAACUGGAACUCACUUGAAAUAUUUCAGCCAGAAACAGGAUGUUGUCCUUAUUAAGAAUCUGCUGAUUAGUGUACAGAGUCGAUGGGAAAAAGUCGUUCAACGCUUAGUUGAAAGGGGACGAGCUUUGGAUGAUGCAAGGAAAAGAGCCAAACAGUUCCAUGAAGCCUGGCACAAACUUAUGGAAUGGUUGGAGGAGUCAGAGAAGUCUUUGGACUCAGAUCUUGAAAUUGCAAAUGACCCUGACAAAAUAAAGGCGCAGCUUGCACAGCAUAAGGAAUUCCAAAAAUCCCUUGGUGCCAAACACUCUGUGUAUGAUACCACAAAUAGGACUGGACGCUCCUUGAAAGAGAAAACCACCUUGGCUGAUGACAGUUUGAAACUUGAUGAUAUGCUGAGUGAACUGAGGGAUAAAUGGGAUACAAUCUGUGGAAAGUCAGUGGAAAGACAAAAUAAAUUGGAGGAAGCCUUGUUAUUUUCUGGACAAUUUACUGAUGCUUUACAAGCUCUCAUUGACUGGUUAUACAAAAUUGAACCUCAGCUAGCAGAAGAUCAGCCAGUACAUGGAGACAUUGAUUUAGUGAUGAAUCUGAUUGACAAUCACAAGGUUUUCCAGAAGGAGCUGGGAAAAAGAACAAGCAGUGUCCAGGCUCUGAAGCGCUCUGCAAGGGAGCUGAUAGAAGGCAGUCGCGAUGACUCUUCCUGGGUCAAAGUCCAAAUGCAGGAGCUAAGCACUCGCUGGGAGACAGUUUGUGCCCUGUCAGUAUCUAAGCAAACACGAUUGGAACAGGCUCUUCGGCAGGCAGAAGAAUUCCACUCUGUUGUCCAUGUCCUUUUGGAAUGGCUGGCAGAGGCAGAGCAGACUCUUCGCUUCCAUGGAGUCCUUCCAGAUGAUGAAGAAGCCUUGCGUACACUGAUAGACCAACACAGAGAAUUUAUGAAGAAACUGGAAGAGAAAAAGACAGAACUGAAUAAAGCAACAGGUAUGGGAGAAGCUAUCCUAGCUAUCUGCCACCCAGACUCCAUCACCACCAUUAAACACUGGAUAACAAUCAUCAGAGCCAGGUUUGAAGAGGUCUUAGCAUGGGCUAAACAGCAUCAACAGAGACUGGCAGGAGCUUUGGCUGGACUCAUUGCUAACCAGGAACUGCUGGAAGCCUUACUGUCCUGGUUGCAGUGGGCAGAGACUACACUUACUGAAAAAGACAAAGAGGUUAUCCCUCAGGAGAUUGAGGAAGUUAAAACACUUAUUGCCGAGCAUCAGACAUUCAUGGAGGAAAUGACCAGAAAACAACCUGAUGUGGAUAAAGUUACAAAGACCUAUAAAAGAAAAGCACUUGAACCUACUCCAGUACAGUCUCACAUUCCUGUCCUUGAUAAGGGGAGAGCAGGAAGAAAGCGUUCCCCAACGCCAGGCAUCUAUCCCUCAGCAGCCCAGGCACAAAUUGAAACCAAGAACCCACGGGUAAACCUUUUAGUCAGCAAAUGGCAGCAAGUCUGGCUUCUAGCCUUGGAAAGAAGAAGAAAACUCAACGAUGCUUUGGACAGACUUGAAGAGCUGAGAGAAUUUGCCAACUUUGAUUUUGAUAUUUGGAGGAAAAAAUACAUGCGGUGGAUGAACCAUAAGAAGUCUCGUGUCAUGGACUUCUUUAGGAGGAUUGAUAAAGAUCAGGAUGGAAAGAUAACAAGGCAGGAAUUUAUUGAUGGAAUCCUUUCUUCAAAAUUCCCAACAAGCAGACUGGAAAUGAGUGCUGUUGCAGACAUUUUUGAUAGAGAUGGGGAUGGAUACAUUGACUACUACGAAUUUGUAGCAGCUCUUCAUCCAAACAAGGAUGCGUACAAGCCUCUCACAGAUGCUGACAAAAUUGAAGACGAGGUUACAAGGCAGGUUGCUAAAUGUAAAUGUGCAAAACGGUUUCAAGUCGAACAGAUUGGGGAUAACAAGUACAGGUUCUUCCUGGGAAAUCAGUUUGGUGACUCUCAACAACUGCGCCUUGUUCGUAUCCUAAGAAGCACAGUCAUGGUUCGUGUUGGAGGUGGCUGGAUGGCACUUGAUGAGUUCCUAGUGAAAAAUGAUCCUUGCAGGGUUCAUCAUCACGGGAGUAAAAUGUUACGUUCGGAAUCAAACUCUUCAAUUACCACUCAGCCUACUAUAGCUAAAGGGAGGACAAAUGUGGAGCUGCGGGAAAAGUUCAUUUUGGCAGACGGUGCCAGUCAAAGUAUGGCAGCUUUCCGACCAAGGGGCCGGAGAUCACGACCCUCUUCGAGGGGUGCUUCUCCCAAUAGAUCUACUUCUCUGUCAAGUCAAGCUGGCCAGGCAGCUGCUCCACAAGCAGUUGCUACAAGUACACCGAAGACACCCCAUCAUUUAACACGCAACUAUGGUAAGCCAUGGUUGACAAACAGCAAAACGUCAACUCCUCCUAAGCUGCCAGAAUCCUCAGACUAUCAAGGGUCAUCUGCAGAGGGAACACCAAUUCAAGGAAGUAAACUCAGACUGCCAGGAUAUCUAUCAGGGAAAGGUUUCCACUCAGGGGAAGACAGUGGCAUCCUGUCAACAGCAGCUACUAGAGUUAGAGCUCAGUUUGCAGAAACCAAAAGAACACCCAGCAGACCUGGAAGUCGGGCAGGAAGCAAGGCAGGCAGCAGGUCGAGCAGCCGGCGAGGCAGUGAUGCGUCUGACUUUGACAUUUCAGAGAUCCAGUCUGUGUGCUCAGAUAUGUCAGAGACUGUUCCUGCUACAAGCAGACCGACACCCCGAGCAGGUUCUCGGCCAGGAUCAGCCAAGCCUUCUAAAAUUCCAACUCCCCAGAGAAGGCCACUAGCCAGCAAAUUGGACAAGUCUUUGAAGAGAUAAUAUGAUUGGCUCUGGAAAGGCCUUUUCCUUUUGCGUUCAGUAUUUAAGUUCCUGAGAUGUAAAAAAUUAUAUAGAAAUUAUUGUGAAAUAUCACAAGAGGUGGAGUUUUUAAUUCUGGAGAUGGCCUUAUUUGUGUAUUUGUCUUCUUAUUUUAUGUGUAUAAUUUUUGUUGGAUUUGGUUUUGUUUAUGCCAUAUCCUGUGAGAAGAGGGAAGAGUUCUAAUGUAAACUAACAGUUGUACACAGUAAUGUGUAGAAAGUACACUGCAACUGUACAGUGUACUGAAUGUACAGUAAGUCUCUGCAACCUCAGUAAAAUAGGCCUAUCACUAUGUCAUUAGCUAACAGUGAAGGAUACCUCAUGAUUUUUCUUUAAAAGAAGAAAAAGAGAAUACUAAAAAGCCAAAAGACACAAUUACACAUCCCAAGCUAACUAACAAACGCGGCUGUACAACAGAUCUCCUAAGGAACACAAACCCACCUUCACAGUACCCUUAUUUAUACAGCGUCUCUCAGAGGUAAUUAAGCACCCAUCAGUAAUACGAUGAUACCUUGCAGCAUUUCUGUGCCAUUGCUUUCAAUGAGGCCAGACACCUUCUGGAUAUCCAAACUAUUCUCCUGUAAGAAUAUCAAAUAUAAAGUGCAUUCAUGUAAACGUGAGGUUUUCUUUUGCUUGAGUGAAUGGUAGCACUGUAACAUCAAAGUCAUUUUGUAUCAAAGCAAUUUUGCUUGCAGAAAGCUUCAAAAUAAACAUGUCCCUUAACUUUA